AUGAAAAUAUAUUCCUACAUUGUCGGCUUAUUACUAGCCUGUAUUACAGUUUUAAUCCAUGCACGUAAUCUUCACUACGGUUUCAAUGAUCAAUUAGACAACGAUGAUUAUAAUCUUAAUACACAGGACAGACAAAUGUUUCGUUCCGAUUAUAAUCUUCGUAGAUUACCAAGCAUUGAUACAAAUUUGCUCAAUUUCUUUGCAAACGAAGAAAAUAAUCGACGUGAACGAGCCAUCGCUACUGCACGAAGAGCUCAAGCUAUUGUCAAAGGUGACCCAAGAGAAUUUAUGGGAUAA